AUGAUAUCUAAGUCCGAUCCCGUGAAGUUCUUGCUUUCAAAACCGGCCCUGAUAGGAAGGCCAGCCAAAUGGCUCCUCCAACUGUCAGAGCUUGAUAUAACGUGUGCUUCCACAAGAGCUAUUAAAGGACAAGCGGUCUCAGAUUUACUAGCAACUUUACCAGGAGAGGGUACCACAGCACUGCAGGAAGACCUUCUUGGAGAAUUUCCGGAAAUCUCUUUAGUCAAAGAAGAAGCGUGGCUACUACUUUUCGAUGGCUCCUCCACCCCUAGCAAUAAUACCGGAGGAGAGGGUGUGGUUUUAGUGUCCCCAACCGGUGAAGUUUUCUCACAUUCCUUCAAGCUAGACUUUCAUUGCACUAAUAAUUCAACAGAAUAUGAAGCCUUUCUCAUAGGAUUGUCAUUAUCCAAGCAAGCUGGAUCCAUGCGUAUGGAAAUAAUGGGAGAUUCUAAAUUACUGGUUAACCAGAUGAAUGGCGUAUACGCACUGAAAGAGGUGACACUGGCCCCAUAUAGAUCCGAGGCGCAAAAGCUGCUAAAUUACUUCGUUGAUGUAACCAUAACACAUGUUGUCCAUAGCAACAAUAGACAUGCUGAUUGCCUAGCCACAUUAGCAUCGAAGCUAUAG